AUGGAUUUCACAGAAGACUUCACCUUCUUAUCGGAGCAACACCGCGAGUUCGACGCCGCGGAGGCCAUGGAAUCCGACCUCGACUUCGCCUUCAACCUCCAGUUACAGGAGGCUCUCGAGGCCUCCCUCGCAGUCCAUCCCUCCUCCUCCGCUACCGCCGAGGUGAUCGAACAACCUAUCGUCGACAACGAGGACGUGAAUGCGACGGCGCUGCAGUGCAAGGAGCUGGCGCGCGUGGAGUGCGAAAUGAAGGACAGGGAGCGGAGCGAGAGGGAAAUGCAGAAGAUGAGAGAGGAUUUAACCCGUCGGAUCCACGACUGGAAGGUGGCGAGGGAGAUUUCGAGGAUUUCUGAGGCGGAUUGGCAGGAGUGGGGCGAUAACUUUGAGAAACCGUUCGGCGAGGGCUCAUCUUCGUUGGGGAGGACAAAUGAAGACUUGGUUAGGGUUUACUUCAAGGGUUUGGUGAGCGAGGAAAACACCGAGGGGAAGAGAGUUGUGCUGUCUGGGAUAGGGGUUGCGAUUUGUGACCUUGAUGAUAAUUUGAUAUUUGAGAUUUCUAAGUCGGUGAUUGGGAAUGGCAGUGGCAAGGUCGCUGCGGAGAUUAAGGCGUUCAUUGAAGCCCUCAAUGCGGCCCUUUCUUUGGGCUUGAAGUGCAUCCAUUGCUGUUCCGACUAUUAUACGUUUUUCCAAGUUGUGAGUCCAUGUUAA